AUGCCUUCUCUCUCUCCUACUUCUGGGCCGCUCAUCGCGCUCCUCGGUUUCGGACACUUCGCUGCCGCCGCCAUCGGUCCCAUCGCAGACCUGACCAUCAGCAACGCUGACAUCACUCCCGAUGGCCACACUCGUGCGGCGGUCGUUGUCAAUGGUCAGAUGCCCGGCCCGCUAGUUACUGGUAACAUGGGUGACAACUUCCAACUCAACGUCAUCAACAACCUCACCAACGACACGAUGCUCACGGCAACGACCAUUCAUUGGCACGGCUUCUUCCAGAAAGGCACGAACUGGGCUGACGGCCCGGCUUUCGUCAACCAGUGUCCCAUCUCAGCCGGCCAUUCUUUCCUCUACGACUUCACGUCCACUGACCAGGCCGGCACCUUCUGGUACCACAGUCACUUGUCGACCCAGUACUGUGACGGUCUCUCCGGCCCGUUUGUUGUGUACAAUCAGAAUGACCCGCACGCCUCCCUCUACGACGUUGAUGACGGGUCUACGGUCAUCACGCUCACGGACUGGUACCACACUGCCGCGGCGCUCGGUUCCCGAUUCCCCGUGGGCGCGAACUCCACCCUCAUCAAUGGCCUCGGGCGCACGGCGACUAUAGAGGGGGCCACCGCAGAGCUGGCCGUGAUCACCGUUACGAAGGGCAAGCGUUAUCGCUUCCGCCUCGUCAGCCUUUCAUGCGACCCCAACUACACGUUCUCGAUCGACGGCCAUAACAUGACAAUCAUCGAGGUUGAUGCGGUUGAUCACGUUCCGCUGACCGUCGAGCAGCUCCAGAUCUUCGCCGGCCAGCGUUACUCGUUCGUGCUCACUGCGGACCAGGACGUCGACAACUACUGGAUUCGCGCGCUCCCCAACAUCGGCACGACCUCGUUCACCGGCGGUAUCAACUCGGCGAUCCUGCGCUACGACGGCGCGGCGGAGAUUGAGCCCACUACCUCGCAAAUGACUGACCCCACCGUUCUCAGCGAGGCCUCCCUUGUUCCUCUCUCUAAUCAGGCGGCUCCAGGAAAGCCGGAGGUUGGCGGCGUCGACAUGGCAAUCAACUUCAACUUCAGCUUCAAUGGGACCGCGUUCUUCAUCAACGGCGAGGCUUACAACUCGCCCACCGUCCCCGUCCUUCUGCAGCUCAUGAGCGGCGCGUCUUCUGUCACCGACAUCCUUCCUACCGGCUCCAUCAUAUCUCUCCCGAGCAACUCCACCAUCGAGCUCUCGUUCCCCAUGGUCGCCGCCGCCCCCGGCCAGCCCCACCCCUUCCACCUGCACGGGCACACCUUCCACGUCGUUCGCUCCGCCGGCUCGACCGACUACAACUUCGCGAACCCGCCGCAGCGCGACGUCGUCUCGACAGGCGUCACGGGGGACAACGUCACCAUUCGCUUCGACACGAACAACCCCGGGCCGUGGUUCCUCCACUGCCACAUCGACUUCCACCUCGAGGCCGGCUUCGCGGUCGUCAUGGCCGAGGACGUCCCGGACGUCAGCUCGUUCGUCACGCCCCCGACCGCCUGGGAGGACCUCUGCCCGAUGUACAACACUCAAUACGUUUCUAGUACGUAA